AUAGAGUCUAGUCUAGAGUAGAMYUGUAUCCGAUUGAUAGGUAUCAACAUAUUCAUCACAAAAACAAGUUUUUUUUAUGUUGAUUCUAGUAGGUUUUAUUGACUAUUACUACUUGCUGCUAACUAAUUGGUCUAUUUCUUUUCAUGGUUGACGGAAAACCACUGUAUUCUUUACAGUCUAUCAUAGUCUUUGACAUAUAACUCGAUGAUUAUUUCCCUAAAAUGGAUUAUGAUUUCGACACCAAAGUUUCGCUGGAAGCCCUCUUUGAACAUCACUAUUGUAGAAGGUCAAAGUGUAAAAUUACGAUGCAGAAUAUCAAAAGUGUCUGCAGAGGGAGCCGAAUAUGAGUGGUUCAAGAAUGGAAAGCCUAUCUCUACGCUUAAGUCUUAUCACCAGAAAAUGAGGGUUAAGAAGAUGCGAUACUUAAAGAUUAAACGUACUACACCACAGGACGGUGGAACAUACACUUGUGUGACUAAAAAUUCCUGUGGAACUUUGAAAGGAAUGAUAGAAUUGGUGGUUAGGAAAGAAAAAAAAGCUCCACCAAAGUUUGUUAAUCUUCUUGCGAUGAAUCGCACCAGCCGUACUUACAGAGAAGGUGGUAAAGCUGCCUUGAAAUGUGAAGCGACUGGAGAUCCCCAACCUGUCAUAAAGUGGACCAAACCUGAUAAUCUCCACCUGCCACAUGAACGAAAUCCUUACGAUUAUGUACUAAAUCUGAGAGCACUAGGACCACAGCAUAGUGGCUCUUACACUUGUAAUGUAUCGAAUACCGUUGGGUGGUUGACAUACACUUACAAAAUUACUGUAAACUGCGGAUUGUCUGCACGUAUUGCUCCGAGGAUCAACAGUAUAACCAACAACCAAACAGUCACAACUGGAAGAAAAACUUGGUUAAUGUGCACUAUACUGUACAAAGAAUACGACGACACACUUAGGCUCAAUUGGUUUUUCCAAAAAAACGGUACCAAAGAAAAGGUAGACUCAAAGUUUUAUCGUAAUUCAACGUUACCAAAUCAUUAUGAAGAUGUCUUGCUACGAGUGGAGUUUUUUUUGGAAUUCCAUCGAGUAAAUAAAGACAACGAGGGAUGGUAUAUAUGUCACGCAGAGAACAAGAUUGGUCUGCAUAAUACGAAGAGAACAUACUUGAGAGUAUUGGACCCAGUUGUUACAGAGCCACCAAAGAUUAUUGUAGACCGCGCGCAAAGGCGUGAAAGGACUUUAAUUUUAGUUCCUGUCGGCAAUUCAAUAAAAAUGGACUGUUCCGCUAUUGGUUAUCCUCGGCCCACUGUCAAAUGGUAUAAGAAUGGCAGGCUCUACACCCACUCAGUUGACGGCCCUAUCUAUCUUAGUCCAUAUCAAUAUGUAUUGAGUUUAAGAAAUGUAGUUCCUGGAAACAGUGGGGUAUACACUUGUAAUGUUUCAAAUCAUUAUGGUUGGUUCAAUCACACUUACAAAGUUGAUAACGCGUUCGUGCCAAACCUGUCCUACAGAAGAUGGAAAACGUCACAGCCGUCGUGGGUACGAAUGCAACCCUCAUAUGCAAAGCCAUGAGCGAUUCGAUGCCACACUUCCAAUGGAUUCGUUGGUUUCUACCAAUCUUCAACACAACAACAAACAUCACAACGCAACCGUACGAGGUUGUGAAACAAACGCCUUCAGAUGAUUCGCGUCAUAUUAUUGUAUCGAAGAGAAACGGGAAAUUCACGUUUCAUGGCGUCAAGUUGACACUAGUCAACGUUACAAAAAGUGAACAAGGGAAAUACACUUGUCUCGUAGGGAAUGCGGUUGGUUAUAACAUCGAACACGUUUACCUAAAGGUGGUCACCCCAGAAGAGAUCAAGGUGUUAAAAGCAAACACCCAACCCCCAACUAAGACGACCGAGAUUCCAGUAACUGCCAGUGCAAGAGGACCCACGACUGCUAGUGAUUCCCCUGACGUAAAAAAUCAGAGCAAAGUCAACGAAAACCAAAUAUCAGCAUCAAUGUUGAUCGCCGUCUCAGUCGUCGCAUUCUUCAUACUUUGCAUCUUUUUAAUCUGUUGCUACGUGUUUGCCAUGAAACGAAAGACCAAACAAGACAAAUUUACCAUCCACUACAACCCAAACAUUGACCAAACACCAACAAACAGAAAUAUGUCCUUUUCAGCCAGCGCGUCGUCGUACGGGUCAGCGGUGCCAUUACUGCGGAAAAGAAGCACGAGAUUAGACUCCAAUCUCUCUCAAGUGUCGGAGUACGAGCUGGCGCUUGACGAAGAGUGGGAACUAGAUCGAAGUUUAAUAACUUUAGUGGAUACUUUGGGAGAAGGAGCGUUUGGUCGAGUUAUGAAAGCUGAUGCAAUUGGACUUAAGAACAUGCCUUACUCUAGUUACGUAGCUGUGAAAAUGUUGAAAGAGGAUGCAACGGAACACGAACUAGCUGAUCUGAUAUCUGAGAUGGAAGUUAUGAAGACUAUUGGACAACACAAGAAUAUUAUCAACCUUAUCGGUGCUUGCACGCAAGACGGCCCACUGUUUGUGGUCGUGGAGUAUGCCAAAUUUGGAAACUUACGUCAGUUCCUUAGAGAUAGACGGCCGGUUCCAGAUUACAUGGAAGUUAGUAGCGAACCAAGAGAAAAGUUACAUUUAUCUGAUCUGGUAUCUUUUGCUUAUCAAGUCUCUCGUGGAAUGGAGUAUUUGGAGUCCAAAAAGUGUAUUCAUCGUGAUCUUGCCGCAAGAAACGUUCUCGUUGCCGAAGACCACGUCAUCAAGAUCGCAGACUUUGGUUUGGCUCGAGACGUCCACAAUAUUGAUUAUUACAGAAAAACAACAGAUGGUCGUCUUCCUGUCAAGUGGAUGGCCCUUGAAGCUUUGUUCGAUCGUGUGUACACAGCGCAAAGUGACGUAUGGGCGUUUGGCGUGUUACUAUGGGAAAUUGUGACAUUUGGAGGCUCUCCGUACCCUGGUAUUCCUUUGGAAAAACUCUUCGAACUCUUAAAGUCUGGCUAUCGAAUGGAAAAACCCGUCAACUGUGAUGAUAACAUGUACGCUAUUAUGUUGGAAUGUUGGCGCGACGAUCCAUUCCAGCGACCUACUUUUACUCAACUUGUGAAAGAAAUGGACGCCAUGUUAUCUAGUCUGUCUGAUAAGAUAUAUCUUAGCUUGCAAAAUGCUUCAAGUAGCGAUCCCAUCGCUCCUCCCCAGACUCCCACGUCAUCGCAAUCAAGCCCCACCCCCAGAGAAUCUUUAAGCUCAAGCGUAUUCGAGAGCAAUGAAAAUAUAAACAUAUGGACCCCAGCUCCGUGUGAACACCACAGAAACAAUGCAGGCUAUUUACAUUCAGCAAGAAACGAUUCAGUUAGUACGAAGGACAAGCCCGAAGGCCUUACGAAAAAUCCCGACGGCUUCACGACGGAUAAGGAUCAGCGCGAUUCCGGUGUCGGAUUUGAAAAUGCAAAUACAAACUCCAACAUGAACGAGGCAAAAAAGACGUUCUUCCGUGAGCCUCUCGUAAGCGAGAUAUAACGUCCGUGGUCCUGGCCAAGCGGUCAGCGUGAUAUCUAUGCGACUAAGGACCUACACGUGUGGGAUAUGCGCAGGUCUUUCCUCAAGAGCAUGCGCUAUACAGUUUUUCAUCAAUUCAGCGGAGGUUUACUGGAAAAAUGACUACUAUUGUACCGCAAAAGAGGAGAAUAAUUUACUUGAAAAUUCAGAGAUGAAAUCAUGAACAAACUACUUCAUCCAGUGGGGUAUAGAAUCAAGUAGAGCUUGCGCAGUAAGACUUAAUGAACCAAGCUUUGCCUCACCUCACCCUCCUAAGUAUCUUAACUGGUACUCAUUUAUCUCAUCUAUUUUAUGGGAAAGGUUGAUCAGUAACUGCAUAAAAAUAUGAUUACUAUUGGAGUGGAAAAGAUCUUUUUAUGAUAUAGUGAGUGAUACCUUUGAACACAACGGCCAUCUUGAAUUCAGGAGUGAAGCUCGCCCACUUGUGCGAGGUGGCCACUGAAAACGAAAUAAAAAUCAUUAGACUUUUUAUUUUUACCGAGUGACUGAAUGUUUAAUAAUUAGUUAGUAAAAUUUGUAUAAAGGAAAGAUUUGUAUAAAUAGUCGGAAAGAAUAUGGAAUGAUACAAAUAUACAAAUAUACUUCAUUUUUAAGAAAGUAAAAACAUAAAGUAAAGAAAUUCAAGAGUGGAUUAAUAUAGUGAAGUUUUAUGCUUUCAUAAGGCUGUUUAGAUAUUGUGCAGUCGCGUUUACUCUAACUAAAGCAUAACUAAAUUGUUCACAAAUUAUUUUUUUCAAUGAUCACAAAAUUGCUGAAAACAAUUAGUGGGGAAUUUUCUUGGGAACUCUGGUCAGUGGUAAUGCACUGCAACUUUCCUUUUUAAAAAUAUGAAUAUUUUUGGGAAAUGAGAAAAGGAGUAAGGGAAAGGAAAGGGAAGUAGACAGAAAAAUGAGAGAAAUGAAGAUUAAAAUGGUCAUGAAUGCAAAGCCUGGUUUCCAAAUAAUCGCACGAAUUGCUAGCAAAUAUGUCCAGUCCAACUAGUCGAUGAACUUGAAGCCUUUCUAAAGUGUACAAUUCUGAUAGAACGUUCGCGAUCGUUUGGAUGGAAAUAAAAUCGAUCGCGAUUCUCCCACUUGUCUGAAUCACCCGCAAUCAUGAAAAUGCGCUUUCAACUGACUUAACGCGCUUAACACUGAUAAUUGAAUAACUCUCGAUUGAAAUGAUGAUAGCAAUUCGAGCGAUUGUAUGAAAACCACGCCAUAUUUCUUGGCCUCUAUAUACGUAGUGUAUUAUAUAUGUAUAUUGAUAUAUCAAAUAAAACUACAUUAGUUGUAUUAUAUUGAUAACUAAGGACAGUUUUAAAGCUACUGAAUCUAUCUGUAUGGUUCAACGAUAUUAAAAUACUUCUUUGCACAAAAGGAAA